UUUUAUUAUUAUGAAUUUCUAUGUUUCCUUUACUAAUAUGUACGUACCAGUAUAAAAGGCGACAUAGUUAAAAUGUAAAAUACACAUUGUCGAUUUUCAAAAUGACUUCAAUUCCAAACGGUUUGUACUCUUAUGGUGAUGAUACUAUGAAUAUUCGUGGUUUUACUCCCAUCGAAAUGAGUUCCAACCUUAGGAAUCACGAGUCUAAGAUAGUUCAGUCAAUGUUCAAUACUUCUGACCACUCGAACCAUCAUGGUUUGUUUUCUUCCUCUCGUGCGUUUAAUUGUUAUCAAGAUUCACAUGUUUCUUCAUCUUCUUUUGAUUUCAGCAAUUCACAUAUGUCUUAUCAUAUGAGAAAAAACAUGGUUUCUACUUUUGGGAUGCCUUCCACAACUAAAAUCUCAAAUAACCCUCAUCUUUCUCAGAUCUCUAUCACUCAAACUAUCAAAAAUAGCUAUUCUGCUAUUGUUCCUACCAAUAAUCUUAUUACUUCCCAAAAUGAAUAUCAACGUGCCAUGAAUCCCAACAUCUUCAAUUCUCCACUUUACCCUCCAAAUUUUGUUGAAAAAGAGUCCGAGAUCUUGAAUCCUACACCUCUCAAUACCAUUUUUCCGCAUCAAACUUCUGUAUUUCGUAGGAAUUUAGACAUGUUUUCCUUUUCACCAAAACACCAUCCUCACCAAUAUGUUUCCUAUCAUCAACCAGUGAAGAAACAUUGUGGAGCCACCAAACAUUUUGAAGAAACUUUUGAUGAUUUUGAUUCUAAGGAAAAUGGUGAAUACGAUGGUCGGACACAUAGCUUACCAUAUAAAAAAUAUGGUCCAUAUACAUGUCCUAAAUGUAACCGUGUGUUUGAUACUUCACAAAAGUUUGCUGCACAUAUUUCAUCGAUGCACUACAAAAAUGAGACCAUCGAAGAGAAAUUUAAGAGAUAUAAUGCAAGGAACAAAAAGAGAUCACGUAAAACUAACCAUAACCAAAUGAUCCAUGAGGACUCUCGCAACAUCCAACCAGAGGAGAGAGUUGCAAAGGAAAAUGGAGGCAAUAACAACAUAGCAAGUGACAUUGAAACUUUACAACAUCAUCAGAUUGUUAAGGAAGAACCUAUUUAUGAUUUGUUUUGAUUAAUAUGUGUUUUGUUUGUUUUAAACUUAUGUUCAUUUAAAUCAUAUUCUCCUUUUUUUUUGUUUUGGCAUUUCCUAUCUAAGUUGAUGAGUGAUUUACUUACUAGGAUUGAAUCUCCGCAUUAGCUCAAAGUUUUAUAUUA